UAAAAAAUGUUCAGUUUCUAUUUUGGCUUGAUUCUGACUGGAUCACGGGUAACAAAGAUCUUAGAAAAUGUAAUAUUGAAAAUUUGGUUCGCUAUGAUACACGCACAAAAAUUAGCCAUAAUUUAUGUUGUAUGGAGUUUAGUGUGCCUUUCCGGUGCAGUUCCAGUAAAUGUAACGUAUGGUGGGUUCGAGUCUGCAGAAUUUUUUCUUAAUUAUGACCGGAAUUCAGCGGAAGAAAGAGCUCCUGCCUUUGCUAUAAAAGCGGAAAUCUUUGUUCGGGAUAUCGAAAAGAUUGACGACACAGAAAUGAAGUGGAGCAUUCAUCUCAAGGUGAUACUUCACUGGUCGACCUCCGUACCACCAUUAAAUUUGGACAUGCCAGGAAAUGGCGAUGCAUUCAUCAUGAUUCCCCAAUCCAUGUUUAAAAAACUUUGGUUGCCAAACUUAUUUUUUGUUGAUGGUAGAGAUAUGCAAUAUAGCGUGCCGUUCAGCGAUAAGGAUUCUGUUAAAAUUAGAGCUUACAAAAAUGGGGACAUGUCAUUGACAGCAAGGAUAUUCUUGAAUAUGGGAUGCCCAAUGACAUUUGCAAACUUUCCAUUUGAUAAACAACUUUGCAGAUUUAAAAUUUUACAUAACCAUAAUCCAAAGGAUGUUACUCUGUCUUUCGUAGAAAACUCUCGUUCAGUGCACGUUGCCAAAGACUUACACCUUACUAAUUUUGUAUUUGUUCAAAUGAAAUACAAUGCACUUGCCCCAACUGACGAUGGACAUACAAAUGAAACAUCGCAUCUUGCAGUGGAGUUGGAGUUUGCAAGAGAGACUUCAUUUUAUCACAGUCGGAUUUACAUACCAUCAAUUAUUGCCAUUUUAAUUACAUGGCUUUCUCUUUUUAUGGACCCAUUGGAAAAUGCGACUGCGCGUGCAAUCAUUUUAGGAAUCGGAAUCUCAAUUGGAACUUUUUGCAUGGCUUUGUGUACAGUCCCAACGUUGCAUCCCACUGCACUCGGUCGUUGGACUACUGUAUGCCAAGUGUUUCUGCUAAUAGCCGUUCUGGAGUUCGUAGUUGUCAAUAGAUUUGCAGUGGAAAAGAAACAAGAGGAGCGAUCAAAAUCUGGGAAUGAGACCCAAACCACUGAUAAUGGAGUCAGGAUGCCAAAUCUCCUAAAUUUGGUCUAUGAUCGAAAAUGGCAUACAACAAUUGAUAUUCUUUUCAGAAUAAAUUAUUUGUUGGCUUUUCUUGUCUUUAAUCUCCGAUAUUACUUCACUUUUGUCAAGAGACCAGAUAUCGAAAUUUAAGUAAUUAUGCUAGUUAUUACACUUGAUAAAAA